GCUGUUUACGCCCGUGCGCUGUCACAUGAACGACUCGGUUUCCCAGAAACCCACUAGGCGCAUGCGCAGAGCCCGUUGCCUGACAGUGGUAAACAGACGUCAGAAGGGAGUCUUCGCCUCGAGUCAAAACAAAACAAAACAAAACAAGUCAAAAAGACACUGAAGGAGUGAAUAUUUGGACCGCCACGACGACAGGAACUCCUACAAAACUCACCGCUGAUCAAAAACGGCAACUUGGAGGGAGCUGUACGAGCGUUUUCACGGACUUUUUCACGGAUUGUAAACUCUGGAGUAGCAGGAGCUUAACCCAGCUAACGUUACGGGAGGCUGUCGUGCUGUUUUCAAAGUGCGGCGAGUGGGGAGCCGACAGACCGUCCGAGGCGACAUCCAGCUUCACCAGGCAGCCCGGGGGGAGUCCCGCUUCGUAGCUCGUUUUACCAGGCGGGAGAUCGGCCCGUGCUGCGGGGCCGCGGUCGAAGUGAGGGGGGUUUUAUAACCGCUUCUUCGAGCAUCGUGUGCCGCGGCAGGAGUGUGGAGAAACAUGGCAGAUGGUGACAUGCGCCUGGCCGCAAUGUGGCGGACCGUGCAGACCUGAAGCACGGACUUUACUUACUGCACUUCUCUCGUCCUCACACUUUUAUCAAUUUAAACACUAUUAAACCGUUACCUACAUCUUUUCCGCCGCUUCCUCUGACUCCUCGCUCGACAUUUCUGUGGCUGUUUAGUGUCUUUAACAAACAGGCCACAGAGACGGCGGUCACCGUCUCUGCUCUGUGUGUGUUUUACACUUUUAGACAGUCGAUGAACUAAACCGCUGCUCGGAUAAUCUGCCGGUUUUACACUUUUAUCCACCGGAGAAGUUUGUGACUGUCUGUGGGACUUUUUAAGAAGCUUUUUGUGGAGGUAUUUAGUGUUGUGGGGAGCUCAGACAUCACGUUGUUUACAAGUAGAUACAGACAGGGGCUCUCCUGAGAAGCUCCUUUGUAACAGUAGCCAGCUAAUCCCUGUUUGUAGCCUUUAUACUUUUACAGUAAAAAGAAAAGUCCUGGGUUUGAGUCAGAAAAUGAGUAUUUGAUUACAUAAAUCUGGUACGAAACAAACUUUAAUGCUGAUUUUUGAUCAUAAAUCAUUGCUUGGGUACAUUUUGAGAAACAGAAAAAGUACUUUUUAUCCUUAAACUGAGUGUUUGUUAACAGGAAUGGCAUUAUUUUAUAUCCAUGCUCAUUCAUGAUUGUGUGAUUCGUUUUCAACAGAUGCCAAAACCUCUGUAGAUCCAGAUGUUUUGGUGCUCGUUGCCACUCUGCCACUUUUGUUUUUAUUUCAUUCAAACAAAGGGACUCUCAUCCCAGCCCUCCUUCAUUCUAUAUAAAUCGGAAGGUUUAUGAUAGUUACUAUUAAGGAGAUUAUUUGGGUUCCCUAAUCUCCAAUCUGAGGAUUAACCGAGGCUAUUGGUGUGUCCAGAUUAUUACGUCUCUUCUCUAGGCCCCUCGGUGGGUGAAGCAUCUUGUUUUUGUGUCAGGAAGUUUUUUUUCUCGUCCCUGAACGCAUCAUCAAGUUAACUUUAAAGUUUAAAGGUAAAUGUUUUAAGUGGUUCCCGUCUCUGUGGUUGAGUGGAAGUUCAGAGGAAGCGCCAUGGAGGAGUCAUCGGUGCCCCCGAUUGACCCAGAUUUCGAGCCGCAGAGCAGACCCCGCUCCUGCACGUGGCCGCUGCCGAGACCCGACAUCUCGGCUGUCAAACCGGAGGGCGCGGACGGCACAGAGUCCGCCGCUGGCACCCCGCCCGCCGACGAGGACAAACCGGAUCCGCAGCAGCUCACGUCCGAGCCCGAGAAGGCUGCUGCUGCUGCUGCUGCGGCGGCGGCGGCGACGGGGGCGGCCGAGGGCGGGGUCGUUGCCGGCGUGGGCGGAGCCGGCGCGACGCCCCGCAAAGGAUCGUCCCGGCGCAAUGCCUGGGGGAACCAGAGCUACGCAGACCUGAUCAGCCAGGCCAUCGAGAAUUCACCUGAGAAGAGGCUGACCCUGGCGCAGAUCUACGAGUGGAUGGUGAAGACAGUGCCUUACUUCAGAGACAAAGGAGACAGCAACAGCUCGGCUGGAUGGAAGAAUUCCAUCCGUCACAACUUAUCACUCCACAACAAGUUCUUGAGGGUACACAAUGAAUCAACAGGAAAGAGCUCCUGGUGGAUGCUCAACCCAGAGGGAGGGAAGACCGGGAAAGCUCCUCGGCGCCGCGCCGCCUCCAUGGACAACAGCAGCAAACUGCUCAAGAGUCGCAUGAGGGCCAAGCAGACCAAGAAGCAGGCAGGAGCAGCCGGUCUGGGAGCCGGGGGGGCGCUGCAGGGUGACGGCAGCACAGGGUCGGCGGGUGCGGACAGCCCUAACUCGUCCCAGCAGUUUCCCAAAUGGGGGGUGAACAGCAGCAGCCCGUCGUCCCGCGGCAGCCUGGACGACACUGACAUGUGGACCACCUUCCGUCCACGCACGAGCUCCAACGCCAGCACCCUGAGCGGGCGUCUGUCCCCCAUUGCCCCCGGACAGGAGGACGACGACAACCUGCCUGAGGACGGACUGCUGGGGAGGUACACAGCCAGCAGCCUGACCCCCACCCUCACUGAGACCCUCAUGGAGGAGCUGGACCUGAUCGACGGCCUCACGCUGAUGACCGGGCAGCAGGGAGGGGCCAGUCCCAGCACGGCCCCGCCGGCACCCCCAACUCCGCUGCCCUCAGCCUCCACCCUGCUGCCCCGAGGCUCCAGCUUCUCCUCCUUCCAUCAGCUGCAGCCAUCGAGCCUCCCGCAGGCCCCCACCCACACCGGGACCCAGGCCUCCAUCUCUCAGUGCGGACCCAGCAGCAAAGAGGCAUCGACCUUCAGCAACUCCCUCUUCAAUCCCAUGCCGAGCUCCGGGUCUCGUGGAAGCAGCCACUACAGCACCCACGUGCCCUCCAGCCUGGAGGCCCUGCUCACCUCCGACUCCCCUCCUCCGAGUGAUGUCAUGAUGACCCAGGUGGACCCCCUCAUGCCCAGUCCCAGUGGGGUGGGCCUGAUGGGUCUGGGCUCGUCGGUGGUGGGCGUGAGGUCCAAACCCAAUCAGCUGCUGCUGGGCAAAGGUCUGGAGCCGAACACGGUGGCCCCCAUGGCGCUGCAGCCUCAGAUGCAGCCUCAGCAGCACCACCUCCACCAGCAGCAGCAGCAGCACCAGCAGCCACAACAACAACAGCAACACCAGCAUCACUCUCAGAUGGGGUUGGGGAUGAUCCUCUCAGGUAUGUCUCAGGACCCGUCACAGCUCUCCGCUCUCAAAGCCCAGCACGCCGCAGUGGCAGCUGUGGGCUCUCACCAUGGAGGGCCCGUCGCCUCAGGCAACCCCGGCACGGCCCUGCAGGCGAUGGGUCAGUUCGGAGCUCCGUCCUGCUUCCCCCCCGGUCAGGACCGACUGCCCACGGACUUGGACAUAGACAUGUUCACAGAAAACCUGGAUUGUGAUGUGGACUACAUCAUCAACAGUGACCUCAUGGACGGAGAUGGCCUCGAUUUCAACUUUGACCCCAUACUGCCCGGAGGCCAGGGCUACGCGGGGCCGGCCACCACGCAGGGCUCCGCUCACAACUGGGUCCCCAGCUAAUUCCUGAGCUGACCAAGCAAAGUUAGCCAGGAACUGAUCUCCAAUCAACAUGACCUCACAAUGCGACAACACACCCGGUGCAUUCCUCCUCCCUGCUGGACGAUUUUCAAACACGAUGCUUCUCUUGGACUCAAAAAGACAAAACCAGACCUCACUCAUGUCAUGUGCCAAGACAUGCAGAGGACAGGGAGGAGAUUCAGGCUACUAUGCACAAGUUUUCUCCCUUUUUCUUUUUUUUUAAAUAACACUUGCAACGAUUCGGCUGCUAGCCAUUUUUACUUUUAAUCGGAACUGAUGAUUUUUAAAAGAUGUGUGAAAUAAUGUUUUUAGAGUGAAAAGACAAAUCACGAGCUCCCCCCUGCUGGGAGUUUAUAUUACAGUUAUGUUUCACCACAAUAGCUUUAGGGUCAAUACGGUACCCCUGAUCUCGAUGGCUUUGGUGUUGAAGACUCGACGGACUGUGCUUUUGUUUGUUUUGUUUUUUUUUUUCUUUUUGGAGAAAUGGCCAGUUUUCCAUCAACACUCGCCUCGUGUGAACUGCCAGACCAAAUGCUGUGUGAUCGUCUGAACGAGGUGCACUUAUCUCUGCUGCACCUGCACCCCCCACCUCGCCUCAAGGCAGGACUGUGACUGUGUCAUGAGGAGGUGACAGACUGGACCGACUGGAGGUAGAAAACGUUUGAGUGGACAUUGGCUUCACAUCUCGCCCAACUGUGUACUUGGACUACAAUUAAAAUGUACGAUUAAAUUUCUCACUUUGGAGAAAACAGAGUUAAAAGAUAAUGCUUUUUUUCAGUUAUAUUUGGUGAUUCAGUUAAGAGGGUAUGUAUUUGCAGUUUGGCAUUUUUGACUUCAAUCCAGUGUGUUAUGGUAGAUGUCAGUUAGAGGGUGUUUUUUUUUUUUUUUUUAUCCCUGAUGUGCAGUUAAACUAACAAAAUGAAGAAAUGUGAUUUGUGACAUACACGGGGCAUUCAAGGGUAAAUUUAUUUGCCAACAAGUGAUUGGUUGGCCAAGUAUUAUGUUGUCUUAGACGGCAAAUAUGCCUCCACAAAUGGUCUACCUGAUUUUAUUUUCUUCCUUCCUUUUUAUUUUUAUUUUUUCUCGAGCCUGUGCAUUUUCAAAGCACUUAGGUUUCCUGUGACACAGGGACCCCGAACUAAGCGAAUACAUCCACAUUAGGGUUUUGUCAUUUCAUUAUAUAAAAAAAAGAGUUUAAAUCCUGUAGAGGAAAAACAAACAAACAUGUAAUGUACUCGUUGCACAUGUACAUGACGACACGCUAUGCAUAUUCAUCAGGAGAACAAAAAUCUUGAAGGAAAUUUGAAAUCGCUUCUUGAAGGGUUUUGCUAUUUAACAUUUUCCUGAUAUUUUGUCGAGCGGGGGGGAGGGGAGGGGUCAUGGGGGACGGGGGUGACGAGGGUGUCAGAAUAUCCUCUCACACUUUUAAUUAUUCAGUACUAACGUUCAAGAAAUUAAUUCACUGUGUGAGAAGUACAAAAAAAGAAUAUAUUUGAUUAUAGUUUUAAUAUACAAUUUAGAUGGAGGUAAUAAAUGAGAUAUUAAUACAUAUGAAUAUAUUACUAAUGACAAGUGAUGUUUUUUUACAUUGGAGGAAGCAUUUUCAGAUAAUUUUUAACAGUAAUUUUCUAUACUUUUAUUUUUGUAAAGGAUGAGAUGCAUGUAGAUUUUUUUACGUAACCAAAGGAACACUAAUAUUUGCAUUCGCAUGGCAUUUAGGGAGCAGCUUGGGCCUGACACAGUAUCUUGGUGUACAUAAGCUUUGCAAAAAAAAAUUUUUUUUAAAAGAUGCCUGUAACAUGAAAAAUCUGACUUUGAAAAGAGGCAACGUGCAUCAAUACUUGACCAUUUUAACUAAAAAAAUACUCCCUAUUAUCUGCCUCAUUGUUUUCAGCAUUAAUCGUGAAUCUAAGUUUUUUUAAAAACCUGCACGACGAAAAAUAAAUCCUCUGUCGUGUCACUUUCUCAUCUCAAAACGAGACUAAUGCAACAGUUACCUCUCAGGGUCACUCAAAAAAAAGCAACAACAGGAAAACAACUCUGCACAGACGUGAUCAAAAAAACGUGACAAUAGCAGGAAAAAUAAUAUAUUUAUAGUUACACAUUUUUCUCUGUUUACGACCGACUGGAAACCAACACGCCACGUCUUUGUUUAGUUUUCCAUGAGACGUCUCUGUCUUAAAAUUUGACUUCCCUCUCUAGAGAAACGCAUUUUAGCUCUCCAGCCAUGUUUAUCAGUACUAGCCUAUCCCCCUGUUUUUUUUUUUGUUGUUGUUGUUGUUUUUUUGACUGCCAAUAUUUAAAACACUAUAGCAUGAUGUUACUCUGUAGCAGGAUGGACUUUAUUUUGUCGCCCCCUCCUCUUUAAAAAAAGUUGUGUUUUGUGUCUUGUAUGUAAAUGACUUUGUUCAUGAUUUUUUGUGAUCAGAAAUAACAUCUGUGCAGUUUAAACUCUUAAUAUUCAUCAUUUCACUGUAGCUAUGUGACUAUGUUAGCCUCUGAUUUAUAUAAAGCACUCACUCUCUUUUUUUUUUUUUUUGGAAUGGUGCUAGAUGUCAUUUCUGUGACGUAUCCUGGAGUACGCCACAAUGCAGUGGGUGCAUAUCAGGGCCUUUUGAAAUCUUUGGAUUUUCUGUAUUCAGCACAAGGACCUUGAUGUGGUGUUAAAGUUAGCACACAGUCAUCAGUCCUUUCCCCUCUUUAUUGUUAUGUUUUUAUAUAUAUGAUAACCCCCCUCCAUCUCCAACCUGGUCACUUAAAAACAUCAAAAGGACCAGCUCGUUAAAACUGCAUGAUUUUCUUAUUAUUUUAAAAUCAUAACUUGUAAUUAUUAUUUUAGGAAGUUGUAUGUGCAAACGAACCCCCUGUUUUUGUUCACUAAUGUUCAGGUGUUAUUAACAGUUGAUACAGGACAGACAUGUAAAGGUGGUUGGUUUGUGAGAAUUGGCUGCACCAGGCGUUGAUGUCUCUAGUUUACUGUUGCCACCUUUUUAAAAAUAAAUAAUAAAGGGCAGGAGUGGUUUUAUUA